ACAAGUUAGGAGACGCUCUCAGGACUUGUGUUUCUACUUCUGCAAACACGUCCAUGUCUCAGCACCUGGCGAAACUCGCGGUUUCCUUUCAGCUGUAGUGUCUAUCUGUGGAAGUAUCUCGAGUUUCGUGUAGACUGAGCAUCUAAUUUGAGGAAACUUUCAUCUUAGAAACUUUAACCCGAGUGCGCGCGCCUCAAAGCGGAUCCAUGAGUUUGGACCGAGCUGGUACUUUUGCAUAGAACUGGUAUUUCCCGCAAUGAUGCUCUCCCUCCUGUGGCGCUGUGCCUCUGUCCUACUGGGCCUGUCCUGCUGCCUUAUGGGAGUGACAUCAUCACUGAACCUGGAGGACCCUAACGUCUGCAGCCACUGGGAGAGUUACUCGGUCACUGUGCAGGAGUCGUACGCACACCCGUAUGAUCAGGUGUAUUACACCAGCUGCACUGACAUCCUCACAUGGUUCAAAUGCACACGCCACAGGGUGAGCUACAAGACGGCAUACCGGAGGGGAAACAAGACCAUGUACCGCCGCAAGUCUCAGUGCUGCCCAGGUUUCUAUGAGAGCAAAGAGAUGUGUGUUCCACACUGUGCUGAGAAAUGUGUGCACGGCCGCUGCGUGGCCCCCAACACCUGUCAGUGUGAACCCGGCUGGGGAGGAGCUGAUUGCUCCAGCGCAUGUGACAGUAGUCACUGGGGACCUCACUGCAGUAACCGGUGUCAGUGUAAAAAUGGAGCACUGUGUAACCCCAUCACAGGUGCGUGUAUCUGCACAACUGGCUACCGUGGCUGGCGGUGUGAGGAGCGCUGUGAGCCGGGCACCUAUGGUAACAACUGCCAGCAGAAAUGCCAAUGCCAAAACAAUGCCACCUGCCACCACGUCACAGGGGAGUGCACAUGCAGCCCCGGCUAUACUGGAGCAUUUUGUGAGGAUCUGUGUCCUCCAGGCAAACACGGGCAGCAGUGUGAGGAGCGUUGUCCCUGCCAGAACGGUGGAGUGUGUCACCACGUAACCGGAGAAUGUUCCUGUCCUGCUGGCUGGAUGGGAACUGUGUGUGGACAGCCCUGUCCCGAGGGUCGCUUUGGUAGGAACUGCUCUCAGGAGUGUCAGUGUCACAAUGGAGGAACCUGCUCUUCCUCUACAGGAGAGUGUUUUUGCAGUCCAGGCUACACUGGGGAGAGGUGCCAGGAUGAAUGUCCUAUUGGCAAGUAUGGCGUGAACUGCCGCCAGACAUGUCGCUGUGAAAAUGGAGCCAAGUGUUACCACAUUAGCGGUGCUUGUCUAUGCGAGCCGGGUUACACAGGCGAGAUGUGUGAAACCCGCAUCUGCCCAAAGGGCAUCUAUGGCCUCAAGUGCGACAAAAAGUGCCCAUGCCAUGCCCCAAACACCCAAAGCUGCCACCCUGUAUCAGGUGAGUGCUUGUGCCAGCCUGGUUGGUCAGGUAUCUACUGUAAUGAGACGUGUGCACCAGGCUUCUACGGCGAGGAGUGUCAGCAGGUGUGUCAGUGCCAGAAUGGUGCAGACUGCCACAGUGUGACAGGAGAGUGUAUCUGCGCGCCUGGCUUUCAGGGGGCAGAUUGCUCUAUACGCUGUCCAGCAGGGAUGUAUGGAGUAAAUUGCUCCUCUGCUUGUACCUGUAAGAAUGGAGCCAUGUGUUCACCUGUGGAUGGAUCCUGCACAUGCAAAGCAGGCUGGUAUGGAGUGCACUGCUCUAUAAACUGCCCCAGUGGCACAUGGGGACUUGGCUGUAACCUCACCUGCUUGUGUGGGAAUGGUGGAGCUUGUAAUGCUCUAGACGGCCAGUGUACCUGCGCUCCAGGCUGGAGAGGUGAACGAUGUGACGUGCACUGCCAGGAUGGGACGUAUGGCAUGGAUUGUCUAGAGCGCUGUGACUGCAGUCACGCUGAUGGCUGUCACCCUGCAACUGGACACUGCCGCUGUCUCGCAGGCUGGACAGGGAUCCACUGCGACAGUGUGUGUGCUGAGGGUCGCUGGGGGCCAAACUGCUCUCUGCCCUGUAACUGUAAGAAUGGAGCGUCUUGUUCACCUGAUGAAGGCACGUGUGAAUGUGCUCCUGGAUUCAGAGGCACCACCUGCCAACGCAUCUGUUCUCCAGGUUACUUUGGGCACCGCUGCAGUCAGACAUGUCCUCAGUGCGUGCACAGCAACGGCCCAUGUCAUCAUGUGACAGGACAGUGUGACUGUCUCCCUGGAUUUAAAGGAGCUCUUUGCAAUGAAGUGUGUCCCAGUGGCAAGUUUGGGAAGAAUUGUGCCUGGACAUGCACCUGCACCAACAACGGCACGUGUAACCCCAUCGACGGCUCGUGCCAGUGUUACCCGGGCUGGAUCGGCAGUGACUGCUCACAACCUUGUCCUCCUGGUUUCUGGGGCCCAAACUGCAUCCACACAUGUAACUGUCAUAAUGGAGCAUACUGCAGCGCGUAUGAUGGAGAAUGCAAGUGUACACCAGGAUGGACCGGACUUUACUGCACACAGCGCUGUCCGUUAGGAUUCUAUGGUAAAGACUGUUCCCAGAGCUGUCAGUGUCAGAAUGGUGCAGACUGUGACCACAUCUCUGGGCAGUGUACCUGCCGCAGAGGCUUCAUGGGACGACACUGUGAACAAAGAUGUCCGCCUGGUACGUACGGCUUUGGCUGCCGGCAGGUCUGCGAAUGCCUAAAUAAUUCCACCUGUGAUCACAUGACUGGGACGUGUUACUGCAACCCAGGCUGGAAGGGAUCACGAUGUGACCAAGUUGGUGUAAUCAUCAUAGGCAACCCUAACAGUCUGACCAGUGCAGCAGUUCCAGUUGAUUCCUAUCAGAUUGGUGCCAUUGCUGGAAUUAUUGUCCUGGUGCUGAUGGUGCUCUUCCUCCUGCUCCUCUUUAUCAUUUACCGAAAAAAGCAGAAGGGAAAAGAGCCUACGAUGCCUUCCGUCACUUACACCCCUGCCAUGCGGGUUAACACAGACUACACCAUUGCAGAUGCAGUUCCACAGACAAAUGAGGUUCCUUCCAACAGUAACUACUUCUCCAACCCCAGCUAUCACACACUGGCCCAGUGCACCAGCCCACCUCAUGUCAACAACCUACCUUAUGCAAAAGCAAAGAACAACCAGUUGUUUGUGAACCUGAAGAAUGUGGAGCAGAGAAAGAGGCCUUCUCUGAUGGAUCACACUGGAACAUUGCCUGCUGACUGGAAGCAAGGCAGCUGCUUCAAUGAGCUCGGAGCGUAUGGAGUUGACAGACGUUACCUUGGGAAAUCUCUUCGAGAUCUGGUGAAAAGUGUGCCCUACCACACCAGCUCCUGCUCUCUAAACUCAGAGAACCCCUAUGCCACAAUUAAAGACCCUCCUCUCCUGGUGCCCAAGAACACAGAGUGCGGCUACGUGGAGAUGAAGUCACCUACGCAGAGAGACUCUCCCUAUGCAGAGAUACACAACUCCAGUCCUACAAACAAAAAUGUAUAUGAAGUUGAGCCAACAGUUAGUUCGGUCUACACAUCUGCCAAUAACAACUGCAACGGACCAUAUGGUCAGGAUCCGUACGACCUACCAAAGAACAGCCACAUCCCCUGUCAUUAUGACCUGCUGCCCACGCGAGACAGCACGCCAUCCCCCCACAAAGAGCUGGAAAAUGAAUGAGCUCUUAGAGACCUGACCAAAACACACCAUUCCCACUGCGACAAACACACCUUCUGUGGUUCCUUCAGCCUCACUGGUGGCUUAUUAUACACUUUCUGCAUAUCUCCACAUCAGUAUACUACUUGUUUUUAUUGUUGUCCUUCUUUUUUUUUUUUUUUUUUUUUUUACAGCUGUUUAGUUUCUUUUUUUUACUGUCGUGAUAAUCAUUCUUAAUCUUGUUCUUUUCUUAUAAUAAGAAGCAUAUUUAGAUUUUUAUUUCCUGAACAUCUCUCAGUUGAACACUUAUAGAAAACCCAUACUGGAAAUAAAAUGGAAGGAUUUACAUGAAGGAGGUGAUGUUAUAUAGCAGAUUUACACAGUAACUUUUCUCAAAUGAAUCAUUCCACUGAUGAAAACAUAUCACUUGGAAAUACAGAGUGAACCUUGAAUUUAUUUUUGUAAAAUAAAUAUAACUGUUUUGAGACUUAUUCAGCAUUUGAUGUUGGAAAGGAGGCUGAAUUGUGUUUGUUGCUUUUUUUUUUUUUGUAUUUAGAGGAGUUAAUAUUACCACCAUAUGUGUUGCGAAUUUGUGUUGUCUGUGCAACAUUGCAUUAUCACUGCUGUUUUAGGAACUAGGGAUGCACCGAUCCGAUACUGAGUAUAUUAUCAGGUAUGACUUUGAUCUAAACUGCUGGAUUGGUAUUGAAUUUGACAGCCAAUCAUGUGGCAUCAGUGCAAUGCAUAAAAUCAUGCAGAUACAGGUCAAGAGCUUCGGUUAAUGUUCACAUCAAAUAUUAGAAUGGUGCCAUACAGGCUGGCUAUCGUCAAAGUGAGAUCAUUUUUUAUGCAUUUUGCUGUUUGAUGUGAACAAUAACUAAAGCUCUUGGCCUGCAUCGGCAUGAAUUUAUGCAUUGCUCAACUGCGACAUAAUUAGCUAUUAUCAGAUAAUUGCAGGAACGAGCAGGGCUACAUGUGUUCCUAGGAAAGUGGCCAAUGAGUGUAUUUUCUGAUCCACUGACAUUUUAUGGCAUGAAUGUGUCGAUGUUGGCUGACACACAGGUCGUGGCUCGGCUCAACAUGAGUAUCAGGUUAAUAUCAGGUAUCAUUAUAUUUUCAGACUCUGAUAUUGGCAUCAUAAUGAAAAUGCAAAACGUGGCAUUCGGUGCAUCCCUGUUAGCAGGUUUUGUAUCUCUUACCGUUUUAUCCAUACUAAAUUUAACCAAAGGUCAUAGGUGCCAUAAUUAAUGCUUUGUUUCUUCAUCUAUAUUGACUCUUUUGGUAUUUAUUAGACAACCAUCCUUCAGUUCUGUUGUGCGUAGUCCUGGGUGUGCACUCAACAAAUCACUAAUUCUGUAAUCACAGUUACAGUUAAAUUUUGAUCCCAUUUACAGUAACACACCUCAGUAACACGCCAUCAGUGUUUACGUCAGGUGAAUAAAUUUUAGAUACAUUUAAAUGUAAAUAAUUGAUCAACAACUGACUCCAUGAUACAAAAUUAAUACAAGAUUUGAUAUAAAAUGCUUAAAAAGGAGUUACAAUGCUUAAGCUGGACUUUUGCAGUGAAGUUGAAAUGUGUCGUUCACAUCAAUUCUGGGUCAAUGGUUUUGUUUCAUUUGGACACAUAACCUUUUUAAAAUAUUUGGUAUUUAUACAUUAUGUAAAAGUUUGCAUUGAAUGGAACACAGACAGCCGACAGUGUUAAUCUACUCUGAGCCAGUUGUUAAAUUUGUAUGAUAAUGAUAAUAUGCAUUUGUAUAAUUGUAUAUAGCUGUUACUCAUAGAAAAAAAAGCCAUAGGACAUAGGACAUUAUAUUUGGGGAGUGUUUGAAAAAUACACUCAAUACCAUAUCUCCAGGUUGUACUGUUAAUUGGUAUUUCAUGGAAAACUCUGCUCCAUUAGGUUCAGUCGCAAUUUUAAAAAAUCCCGUUUAAGAAUUGCUGCAUGUUGUUUGGUACUGAAACAUGCAGAAUAUUUCAGUUUCACUCAUUAUAAUCCCUGUUAGUAAACCAAAUUAGUGACUAGUACAGGUGCAUUUGGCACUUUUUCCAUCUCAUUUCAGUGGCCCCAUCUACUGGGCUUUAAUGCUCAGUUCUAUUUUUUUUUUUUUUGAAGAAGAAGAAGUUUGAAAUGCCUCUUUAACAGGACAAAUGUUGUUUAGAGAAAUAUUACCAUUCAAUAUUAUUGAAAAUUACAUUUCUAUCUUUUUUUUACACUCUUUUCUUCACAGUGAUUAGAAGUUGAUAGAUUAUGGUUCACAAGGCCAGUGCAGACUCGUGUUAACAGAACUGGAAGGCUAUAAGUGUUAUGUAAAUAUUUCUUUAUUUUCCUUAAUAUUGUGUGUUUUAUAAGAACAGAAUGAAAUUGCACAGCUGUCAUCCUCUUCCCCAAAGAACACCCAUGACAAUGGUAUUUGCCUCCAUAUUCCCACUUUUCUUACAUACUUUGUUUUGUAUUUUAUUUUUCUGUAGUGUAUAUGUACUGUAUGUGCAAUUUGGCUUUACAAUAAAAUGACAAAAUGCAUCA